AUGUUUUCGAUUCAAACGGACAAAACGUUCCAGCAAAUUCUAAAUAUGUUUUACCAGAUUGGAAUAUGGCAAAGGGAUGAAGAAUCAAACGCUCGUAAUAUCGGGAAGAAAUUGUUUUACACUUUUUUCGUUGCUUUGUUCCCAAUUUUUCUUGCAACUAAUGCUUUCCUAUGUGCCGAUCAAAGUGAAUCUAUUUUUUCAGCACAAAUUGCAAUAAUGGCGUCGGUUAUAUACGUGAAACUGUUGUACCUCAUAUUCAAGAAACAAGAAAUCCUAGAAUUUUUAUAUGAUCAGACCGAUCAGACUGUUGCUCACUCAAUUGAAAAUCGUGAAGAAUACGAGCUACGAACUACGAAUAAAACUAUCGAAAAAUUUAUGGGAUUCGUGCGUAUAUAUUUAUUGGCGCUAUUUAUAACUGGUGCUUUGCUCAUUAUUGUAAAACUGCCAAUAUUCUCCGCCGAUAAAGGUCUACCUUUUUUCAUCAGUUUUUCGUGGAACGAUUCAGAAAUUGUUUAUUGGUUGGCGUAUUUGUACAUGUCAUUGUCAGCUGUCUUGUACCCCAUAGCUAACCUUAUUACACCCUUAAUUUGGUACAUAAUGCUGAAUUAUUCCACCGAGUAUGAAUUGCUGGGAAAUAAAUUGAGAAAAUUGGGAGUGCGAAAACAAACCAUUAAGAAAGUGGUCAAGACCAAGAAAAACGUCGCGUUACCACAACGCAGUAUGUUCCAUGAAGAUAUAACUGUUUCAAUAAAAUCACAUCGCAGCUUGACCGAAAAAAUCGAGCGAUUCAGAUCGUUUUUCGCAACAAUAUUUUUGGCCCAAAUCAUAACCAGUGGCAUUGCUAUUUGUGCUUCGGUUUACAGCUUAGCUUUUGCUUCGAUCCAAAAUAUCUUUCAAACUGAAAUGCAUGUUGCAACUUUGGUCUAUUGAAUUUUUGACGUUUUUUUGGUGAUGUACCUGGCAAACGACAUUACCGUUGCGAGUGAUCGACUAUCUUUCUGCUUAUAUGAAUCAAAUUGGAUUGAACAGACAGAAUCAUGCAAAAAAUAUUUUCUUAUCAUGUCAGAAGUGUUGAAGCAACCGCAACAACUGACCGUCGUCAUGAUAUAUCCAAUGAACUUAGAAACUUUUAUGCGGAUUAUUAAUGGAGCCUACAGCAUGUUCAACAUUUUGAAACAGUUUUAG